GGCAGGACCAAUGUUGCAACACACCCUAUGGUUAUAGGGCACCUUGUUGCAACAUUCCCCACUGAUUAUAAGACUAUAACUACAAUGGUUUGUUGCAACAGACGUUGCAACAAAUCCCUACGACUACAGCUACACUACUGGCCUGUCGGACAUUGCCGAGAAGGCCGUCGCCACCGUCGACGUCGCCGAAAUCCCGCCGCCACCAUCCGCGACGCGCUCAUUGUCGUUGUGCCGUCGCCCGCUCCCCGACGCGCCGCCACGUGCCUCCCGCCGCACCCUCCGAUCCUUCCCACGCAGCUCCCGCCCCGUUGCGCGCUCACGUCGCCCUUCCCACGCUCCGCUCCUCGUGCCGACGGUCGCGCGCGCUCGCCCUCGCGGUCACACGUGCUUCCGUGAGCGCGACGCUCGAAAACGCGACCUCGGCGAAUGCCGAAAACGCCAUUAGACGUGCGCUCGCGUGGGCCGUCCAGCUGCGCAUAC